AUGAUUAACCCAAGGCUGUGUCUAAAGCUCUGGCUGCCAGUGGCUCUAGCUGUCACACAAUCUGCAGGCUAUGUUCACAGUCAAGAUGGAGGUUGCUCGUGCAAGGUCCUCCCUGGAGAUGAUAAUUGGCCUAGCCAACAAGAUUGGGACAGCUUGAACAAAACAUUAAACGGUGGCUUGAUCGCCUCACUGCCCCCAGGCAGUGUAUGUCAUGAUGAGCCAUUCAACAAUUAUGAUGCGGAUGCUUGCGCUGAGCUCCAGAACAAUUGGGAGAAGCCAGCGUUGUCACACAUGGAAAAUCCUGCCGAGGUAUUGAGCAUGUACUUCAAGAACUACACGUGCGACCCAUUCACACCUCGAUCUCAGCCGUGCCAUUUGGGCAACUACGUCAGCUAUGUCGUGGAUGUUACAGAUGCAGAUGAUAUCAAAACCUCACUGGAAUUUGCCAAUAAGCAUAACGUGAGAAUUGUCAUCAAAAACACCGGCCACGACUACCUAGGGAGGUCGACCGGCAAGGGCGGCCUCUCCCUAUGGACUCACAAUCUCAAGUCGACAGAGUUUAUUGCCAGGUAUGAGUCUUCCCACUAUAACGGGCCCGCAAUGAAGCUUGGAGCAGGUGUUCAAGGAUUUGAAGCAUACGCAGCUGCCGAUGCCGUGGGCCAUCGUAUCGUGGGUGGCGCUUGUCCCACGGUGGGAAUUGCUGGCGGAUACUCGCAAGGUGGUGGACAUUCUCUGCUGUCUAGUAGCCAUGGUAUGGCCGCUGACAACGUUUUGGAAUGGGAAGUCAUCACUGCCAACGGCCAACAUCUGGUGGCAACUCCCGACCAACAUUCCGAUCUCUACUGGGCACUUUCUGGCGGCGGUGCUGGCAACUACGCUGUUGUGCUAUCCAUGACAUCGAGGGUGCAUCCAGAUACCACUAUAUCGGGCGGACAACUUGUUUUUGACGACAAAAAAGUGGGCUCUGAUGUUUUCUGGGAGGCCAUCAGUGCCUUUAACGCCCUGCUGCCGACUUUCUCCGAUGCUGGCAAUUCCUUCACUUAUGGGAUGACGGCUGACACGUUCAUUGCCUGGGCUAUCACUAUGCCAGACACGGAUGUGGAGCAGUCUAACGCCUACCUGAGACCCUUUUUAGAGGAUCUCGAGAAACGUGGUAUCGAUUACCAGUACAGUCCACAUGUUGCCAAGGGCUUCUAUGAGCACUUCUCGCGGUCUCUGGGUCCUUUCCCGGAAGGGUUGCUCCAUUAUGCCACAUUUACCAACAGCCGUAUGCUGACGCGUGACUUGCUGACCAACAAAGAUAGAAACAUCAAAGUCACGGCAGCGUUGCGAAACAUCAGUACAGUUCCUGGAUACGUCACCGCGUGCCAAAGCUUGAGCGUCGGUGACAAGUCCCACCCUCCGAAUGCGGUAUUGCCCACAUGGAGAGACGCACUCUUAUUUUGUGUUCCAUCGGGUAGCUGGGAUCCUCAAGCCUCUCCAGCGGAAAUGGCAGCCCGUCAAGACCUUGCCGUGAAUUACAUCCAGGCGACGUUGGACGCAGCCACACCCGGAGGCGGCACCUACAUGAACGAAAUCAAUUAUAUGCAGCCUAAUUGGAAAGAAGUCAUGUACGGCUCCAACUAUGAGAAGCUAUUGCAGAUAAAGCACAAAUAUGAUCCCGAUUUGCUUCUCUACGUAUGGCAUGGGGUUGGGAGCGAUGCGUGGGUUGAGGGUCCGGACAAAAGACUAUGUCGGAACACCGGGGACUUGGAGUAUCAAAGUGAACAUUUUUUGGACACUAGCUUUACCACAAUGCGAUAG